CCACCUUGAGCUUUAUUUGUAUACUUUAAAAAUGGGCUUCAAAACUUUUUGGAAAUAUAGAAGAUUCUCCCCUUUUCUCCAAAUGCUUAUUCAUAACAUUUUUAUGUAAUCUUAAUAGGUAAAUUCUCUGAAGAGCAUAAAUGAACCUCAUAAAUUCAUAGCCAGAAAAUUCCUCUAUGUGUAGCUUAUUUUCAAAUAUUCUUAUUGUAAUAAUGCUUGGUGGUUACGAAGCUCUGUUUGAGCAAACCAGAAAUCUGUAAUGGAGGAGAAAAAUGAAUAACAACAGGCCUGCCCCACCCCCCAGAUUGUGGCAGGAGUAGUUAACUUACUUAAGCUCUUUGUUUUCAUUUUCUUAAUCUUAAAACAGGAGUAAUAACUUUUUUUUUUUUGCGGGGGGGAGGUAUGGAGUAAUAACUUUCUUAUAGAGUUGAUGUAAGGUUUAAAGGAGAUCACGUAUGUAAAGUGCACCAAGCACACACUAAAACAUCACGUUUUAGUAUGAAUAUUGUUACUGUGGCCCUGGCCAGAAAGAGGUAAGAAGAGGAGCUUUCACAGAUGUCUCAAAGAUGUAGGUAGUCUCAGAGCUGCAACAGCCCGUGAAGAGAGAAAAUCUGUCAAAAUGUGGAGACCUUCUACAUUGCACUUGAGCUAUUUCAAAAAGGUGGGAAGAGUAUGGUCAAAAGCUCCUUGUCUUGGUAGGUGCCACAGAACCAGAGCCUGUGGAAGGGGGUAUGAGAUAGGGGGUGUGUUUGAGGUUGGGCGUUGUGGGGAGGGUGCAGGACUGAGGCAGCAGGGAAAUAAGUGAGGAAUAGGGGAGGAUUGAGAAACAAGAAAACCAGGAGGCUUGCUGCCCCAUGUAUGUAAUAUGACUCGUGUCUUCUAUUUUCCCUGCUAAGGAAUUGAUUUAAAAUCUGCUCGGAAAUUGAUGAUUACAUUCCGCCAUGUUACAUAUCCUGACACGCAACAAUGUUUAAAUUUAAUCGGAAAUUUAAAAAUUGGACUGCUUUCUAUCAGGGCAGUCUGAAUUAAAGAGCUGAUGUCCAGUCUCCUAGUGGAGAUAGAAUACUGGGCUAAUGCCUGUCACUAGCACUUACAGAGGUGUGAAUUUGGUAAAUCAUUUCAUCUCUGAAGUGGUUUCAACAUUUGUGAAAAGAGGCAAACUAUUUGCCUAACAAAAUGUUGAGUUCAAGGUUAUUCAUAGCUCCUACCAAAUAAGCGAUGCAUUUGCUACUUUGUGUUAAUGGAAAAGGACUUAAAAAUUAUGAUAUACUUAAACACGGUGCUACCAAAUGUGCUUAAAUACGCAUUCAAAUUGUAUUCUUUUAAUGAAUUUUAAUAUUCUCAACUAGUAUCAAUGCUCUGUCAUUAUUAAGUGUUGGCUUCAAUAUUUCCCUCCCCUCACCGCAACUCCUAGCACACAUGCACUCGAAAUGUUCUAAAAUGGUAUGUAUUGAGCGCAUGUGACUAACAACACAGCCACCUAAGCCCUGACUUGCCGGACACGAACGGACGAUUAAUUGGAAUAAUUGUAACAGGGUUUCUAUAAACAGUGCUUCCUGGAGGCUUGCCCCGCGUCUAGCGCUGCACCGUCAGGAGUUAACCACUCCUACGACACCGGCCGCCACACGGUGAGAAGCCCGGGAAAGACGCGCCACGCUCCCAUGUGAUAGUUUCACUUGUCUUUUUGGUUAGUUCUGCUACCCUAGUUCAUGUCCCCGCGAGAGGAAACGUAUUCCCCCUCACAUUAGACAGAAGAGCCUCGAUUCACCGUGGAGGCUGACGGAGGGCCACUCCAGCAACUGAGCAGCUCGGACUUGGCACAGGCAGGGUCCAGCCUACCCGCGGCCGGCGCGGCGCCUCAGCAACACCCCCUCCCCCGGAAGUUUGUGCGUCUCAGAUGUAAGGUCUGGGAGUCACCUUGACCCCCCUGGAGCGGUGGGGAAAGUUAGCCCUGAGCCCGAGGGGGCGUGAGUGAAACCAAAGAGCACUUUCGCGAGUCAGUUACGCCGUCACGGUUUUUUGGUUUCAGGGUAGCUGAAGACCUAGAGAGUUUAAGGGUGGCCAGAGCAGGUGGCAGGACUCCGCCCACCACCACGCUUCCCUUCCUUCAGCCCGCACGCUUCACUCCCUUCAUGGGGUCCCGCCUCUCAGGCGCGCGCGAAGAGUUGUCGCGCGGUGCGUCCUGGGAAUUGUAGUCCCGACGCGGAGAGUCGCCUCAGGAGAAAUGACUCUGGCCUACAUACCCCACAGUGCCUUGCCGCGCAGGCCGCUCCCGGAUGCGUGCCUGGCGCCGGAAGAGAAGACGGCCCCCCUCUCUCGGCCCGGCCAUCUUGUGGGAAGAGCUGAAGCAGGCGCUCUUGGCUCGGCGCGGCCCGCUGCAAUCCGUGGAGGAACGCGCCGCCGAGCCACCAUCAUGCCUGGGCACUUACAGGAAGGCUUCGGCUGCGUGGUCACCAACCGAUUCGACCAGUUAUUUGACGACGAAUCGGACCCCUUCGAGGUGCUGAAGGCAGCAGAGAACAAGAAAAAAGAAGCCGGCGGGGGCGGCGUUGGGGGCCCUGGGGCCAAGAGCGCAGCUCAGGCCGCGGCCCAGACCAACUCCAACGCGGCAGGCAAACAGCUGCGCAAGGAGUCCCAGAAAGACCGCAAGAACCCGCUGCCCCCCAGCGUUGGCGUGGUUGACAAGAAAGAGGAGACGCAGCCGCCCGUGGCGCUUAAGAAAGAAGGAAUAAGACGAGUUGGAAGAAGACCUGAUCAACAACUUCAGGGUGAAGGGAAAAUAAUUGAUAGAAGACCAGAAAGGCGACCACCUCGUGAACGAAGAUUCGAAAAGCCACUUGAAGAAAAGGGUGAAGGAGGCGAAUUUUCAGUUGAUAGACCGAUUAUUGACCGACCUAUUCGAGGUCGUGGUGGUCUUGGAAGAGGUCGAGGGGGCCGUGGACGUGGAAUGGGCCGAGGAGAUGGAUUUGAUUCUCGUGGCAAACGUGAAUUUGAUAGGCAUAGUGGAAGUGAUAGAUCUUCUUUUUCACAUUACAGUGGCCUGAAGCACGAGGACAAACGUGGAGGUAGCGGAUCUCACAACUGGGGAACUGUCAAAGACGAAUUAACAGAGUCCCCCAAAUACAUUCAGAAACAAAUAUCUUAUAAUUACAGUGACUUGGAUCAAUCAAAUGUGACUGAGGAAACACCUGAAGGUGAAGAACAUCAUCCAGUGGCAGACACUGAAAAUAAGGAGAAUGAAGUUGAAGAGGUAAAAGAGGAGGGUCCAAAAGAGAUGACUUUGGAUGAGUGGAAGGCUAUUCAAAAUAAGGACCGGGCAAAAGUAGAAUUUAAUAUCCGAAAACCAAAUGAAGGUGCUGAUGGGCAGUGGAAGAAGGGAUUUGUUCUUCAUAAAUCAAAGAGUGAAGAGGCUCAUGCUGAAGAUUCGGUUAUGGACCAUCAUUUCCGGAAGCCAGCAAAUGAUAUAACGUCUCAGCUGGAGAUCAAUUUUGGAGACCUUGGCCGCCCAGGACGUGGCGGCAGGGGAGGACGAGGUGGACGUGGGCGUGGUGGGCGCCCAAACCGUGGCAGCAGGACCGACAAGUCAAGUGCUUCUGCUCCUGAUGUGGAUGACCCAGAGGCAUUCCCAGCUCUGGCUUAACUGGAUGCCAUAAGACAACCCUGGUUCCUUUGUGAACCCUUCUGUUCAAAGCUUUUGCAUGCUUAAGGAUUCCAAACGACUAAGAAAUUAAAAAAAAAAAAAGACUGUCAUUCAUACCAUUCACACCUAAAGACUGAAUUUUAUCUGUUUUAAAAAUGAACUUCUCCCGCUACACAGAAGUAACAAAUAUGGUAGUCAGUUUUGUAUUUAGAAAUGUAUUGGUAGCAGGGAUGUUUUCAUAAUUUUCAGAGAUUAUGCAUUCUUCAUGAAUACUUUUGUAUUGCUGCUUGCAAAUAUGCAUUUCCAAACUUGAAAUAUAGGUGUGAACAGUGUGUACCAGUUUAAAGCUUUCACUUCAUUUGUGUUUUUUAAUUAAGGAUUUAGAAGUUCCCCCAAUUACAAACUGGUUUUAAAUAUUGGACAUACUGGUUUUAAUACCUGCUUUGCAUAUUCACACAUGGUCAACUGGGACAUGUUAAACUUUGAUUUGUCAAAUUUUAUGCUGUGUGGAAUACUAACUAUAUGUAUUUUAACUUAGUUUUAAUAUUUUCAUUUUUGGGGAAAAAUCUUUUUUCACUUCUCAUGAUAGCUGUUAUAUAUAUAUGCUAAAUCUUUAUAUACAGAAAUAUCAGUACUUGAACAAAUUCAAAGCACAUUUGGUUUAUUAACCCUUGCUCCUUGCAUGGCUCAUUAGGUUCAAAUUAUAACUGAUUUACAUUUUCAGCUAUAUUUACUUUUUAAAUGCUUGAGUUUCCCAUUUUAAAAUCUAAACUAGACAUCUUAAUUGGUGAAAGUUGUUUAAACUACUUAUUGUUGGUAGGCACAUCGUGUCAAGUGAAGUAGUUUUAUAGGUAUGGGUUUUUUCUCCCCCUCCACCAGGGUGGGUGGAAUAAGUUGAUUUGGCCAAUGUGUAAUAUUUAAACUGUUCUGUAAAAUAAGUGUCUGGCCAUUUGGUAUGAUUUCUGUGUGUGAAAGGUCCCAAAAUCAAAAUGGUACAUCCAUAAUCAGCCACCAUUUAACCCUUCCUUGUUCUAAAACAAAAACCAAAGGGCACUGGUUGGUAGGGUGAGGUGGGGGAGUAUUUUAAUUUUUGGAAUUUGGGAAGCAGACAGCUUUACUUUGUAAGGUUGGAACAGCAGCACUAUACAUGAAAUAUAAACCAAAAACCUUUACUGUUUCUAAAUUUCCUAGAUUGCUAUUAUUUGGUUGUAAGUUGAGUAUUCCACAGAAAGUGGUAAUUAUCUCUUCUCUCUUCCUCCAUUAGAAAAUUAGGUAAAUAAUGGAUUCCUAUAAUGGGAGCAUCACCACUUAUUAAAACACACAUAGAAUGAUGAAUUAAAAAAGUUUUCUAGGAUUGUCUUUUAUUCUGCCACAUUUAUUGAUAAACAGUGAAGGAAUUUUUAAAAAAUUUUUAAGAAUUGUUUGUCAUGUCAUUUUUAGAAAUGUUCUACCUGUAUAUGGUAAUGUCCAGUUUUAAAAAUAUUGGACAUCUUCAAUCUUAAACAUUUCUAUUUAGCUGAUUGGUUCUCACAUAUACUUCUAAAAGAAACUUUAUGUUAUAAGAGUUACUUUUUGGAUAAGAUUUUUAAUCUCAGUUACCUACUAUUCUGACAUUUUAGGAAGGAGGUAAUUGUUUUUAAUGAUGGAUAAACUUGUGCUGGUGUUUUGGAUCUUAUGAUGCUGAGCAUGUUCUGCACUGGUGCUAAUGUCUAAUAUAAUUUUAUAUUUACACACAUACGUGCUACCCAGAGAUUAAUUUAGUCCAUAUGAACUAUUGACCCAUUGUUCAUUGAGACAGCAACGUACGCACUCCUAAAUCAGUGUGUUUAGACUUUUCAAGUAUCUAACUCAUUUCCAAACAUGUACCAUGUUUUAUAAACCUCUUGAUUUCCAGCAACAUACUAUAGAAAACACCUGCUACUCAAAACACAACUUCUCAGUGUCAUCCAUUGCUGUCGUGAGAGACAACAUAGCAAUAUCUGGUAUGUUGCAAGCUUUCAAGAUAGCCUGAACUUAAAAAGUUGGUGCAUUAGUUGUAUCUGAUGGAUAUAAAUUUGCCUCCUAGUUCACUUUGUGUCAAGAGCUAAAACUGUGAACCUAACUUUCUCUUAUUGGUGGGUAAUAACUGAAAAUAAAGAUUUAUUUUCAUGCUCA